UGUCUGUUACUAGACAUUCUGUUUCCAGUUGUUCUGGACCUGAUGGAAAAGCCAAUGGAUUGUCAUUAUUACUGUUUUCAAGUUUUUUCUCUGUGGCUUGAACGCUUCCGAGAAAGCCUGGCAGAGAUUUGGAAACUGAAGGGGCACCGGGUCCUGGCGGACAAUUCUAGCCUCCUCCAGAUGCUGUCCCGGGUCCUGUGGAAUAACGCAGAGAGUCCGGUGGAAGGUGUUUCUGAUUUCAUCCGCAGUUCCUUUGAGCUUCUCAUGGAGAUCUACAGUCUGGAAUGUGACCAGUUUGAGGAUCUGGAGAGACCCCUUUACGGACAAUUCAUACAGAGAAUCAUCCUUAUGCCUUGGCAGACUCGGGCCCGGUAUUUCGCACUCACCUCCAUUCUACCCUACCUGGGCCCUGGAAAGGUUCUGGAUCUCUACCACGACCUCCCUCAGCACCUCCUGAACUGCCUUUCAACCAACCACCUGUGUCCGGCCGCCUCAGAUGUGUACAAAACCAUCCUCCAGCUUCAGCGCAAAGGUUGGACAGAGGGCCAAGAGGGCAUCUCAGAGGAAGAGCUGGCUCAGAGAUGGGCCCGUCCUUGGCUGCCCACCCUCUUCAGCGCCUUGACCUCUCCCGACUCUUUCCUCCAGAGCAACGCCGGCAACUACCUCCUCGUCUGGACUGUGCGUCUUUUCCCGGCUUCUUCUGCUUUGCUGGCAGGACGCUUUAGCGGUAGGGAUGCCUCUCAGCUCCGGGCCUGGGCCACGGUGUGGAACGUUCACAAGGCCCUCGUGGGGACCUUGCCUGAGGAGGACGAGACCCUCGGAAGACUGGCUGCCUGCCUUUUCUCUCAAGAAGACCACGUCCGCCUGGCGGCACUGGGCCUCCUCUGCUCGACACCCAGGACCAACCAGGCCUUGUCCAAGAGGGAGGUCCAGCUCCUGAAGGAAUUUUUGCCACUCAAUUUGAAUUGCGAUUCCUCCUCUUUCCGGCAGCUCCUCCAAGCCACCAUGAAGAAGGCUUUGGUUCGGCUGCGGGACAGCGCCCUGGCCAUGCUGAAGCACCAAACCCCAAACCGACAACGAACACCAACUGUAGUCGGAAAGGAUUUGGAAGCAUCUCUGGAACAAGCCGUAGGUUUUGUUGAGUGGCUGUGGCAGCUCUGCGUUGCCUCCCUGACCUCGGGGCCCAACUACCAGCGGAAGAAGUCCUCCCUCCUUCUGCUGGCGGCCAUCUUGGAGACGUGCACAGACUCGUGGAGUCCAGAGAGGAAGAAGGGGCAGCCUCCUCGCAAUAUGGCCGCCCUCCUCAAUUGGGCCAGAAGCAAGGGCUGCUGGGACUUUUUCUCUAGGAGCCACACCCUGACACUGCUGAGCUGCUUGCUAGACAGUACGAACGAGAUCCGUGAGCUGGCCUCGGAGCUGCUUGUCCGGUACUUUCCGUCACCUUUCCCAGAGUCCACUGCGGCCGCUCUGUUUGAGAGGGCGGGCGAAGCUGUGAGCAGCCCCCGGGUUCAAGAAGUUGAAGCCGGAUCCAUGUUGAUGAAAACUCUUCUCCAGAAGUCGGACAGCAGUAUUUUAAAGCAAGUGUUGCCAGCAGCAAAAGAAGGGGUGUCUGAGCAGUCUCACUGCCUAUAUUUCCUGGAGCAUCUCCUCAGUUUGCUGCACAGACAUUUUUCUUUGGCUUGCGAGGAUUUGCUACAAGCAGCUCACACAACACCAAUACAUGGUGUGAUUUCUGCCCUCCGUCGAUGCCUGCUUGAGGUCCCCGAGGUGGCAGCCUCUAUGCUGAGGGAGCAGCAAGUGCAUCGCUGGCAAUUAUUCCUUAGUGGCCUGGUGGACGCUUUGAGGGAUAUCUGCAGUUUUCUUCUGGGAAUGCUGCAGAACAAAGAGUCCUCAGGCUUGGACCAACAAGCUGCCGCACCUUCGUUUGCAGACAUGGGGAAUGCGAUUGGCGGCCUGAUCCGGCUGGGAAAAGACCUGGGAUCCCAGGAAGAGGACGAUUCGGUCCUGCUCUCCGAGGAGCACAGUCUUGUCCUCACCUGUUGCUGGGUUUCAGUGAAGGAAAUUGGGCUGCUCUUCGGAGGCCUAGUGGAGACCUUCCUUCCUCUAGCGCCACCUGCAGGCUGUGGGGCUCUCCUGCCGAUCCACAUUCUCAACACAGCCGCCGAAGUGUUCCAGAAUAUUUUGCUCAAGUGCCGGCACUGGGGAGCUGUGGAGGGCUGCAGUCUAGGAUUCACCAAGUUUUGCACCACUUUGCUCAGACAUCCGGACCCGGAGCUGCAAGCUAUACCAAAAGCGAUGUUAGCACAGGGCUUGACUUUAUUAAGUAGCCCCAGAAGCUGUUCCAUUACUCGCCGGGCGGCUGGUUUCCCGAUGCUUUUUCUCUGCAUCGUGGCUGGAGAAGACCCGGCUAAAUCACGGCCUCUUCUGGCUGGUUGCAUUCAGACGUUACUGGCCUUGGCCAAUGAGCCCCUUCCCCAGGACUGGGACCAGACGGUGGACUUGCCGCAGGUUUCAGCCGUGCAUGUGUUGCAAACCUUGGUUCGCGGUUCCGGGCUUGGAACAGCCCUGCGCCAGCACAUCCCACCCAUGGCGGUGUUGUUUCUCAAGGCGCUCAGCUCCCCAAGCUGGGCCAUGAGAAACGCAGCCAUCCAGCUCUUUGCUGCCUUGACGGUACGCCUUCUCGGUCAGAAGCGCAGGAGGGACGAGAGCCGCGGCCCAGAAGGAGUGAGCCCGGAGGCCCUCUUCGGCUGCUACCCUCCGCUGAGGACCAUCCUGCUCGGAGAGCUGAUCUCGGCCGUGGAGGCCUCCGGGUCUAGAGCACCCCAAAGCGGGAAGCUUCGCCUCUGCCCCUCUCUCUACGCCAUCCUCACCUUUCUGGCAAAGCUCCAGCCUAGCUCAGACACCCGGAACAGCCACACCCUCUGUUUCCUCAAGCCUCUCAUCCAGCUUUCCAGCAACCCCAUUUAUGCUGUGCGAGUGAUGGCGGCAAAGGCCCUGGUCCCCCUCAUUCCCGGGGUGGAAUAUCAAAACGUCCUCUUGCAGCUGGUCUCAGAUUUACCACUGGCAGAUGAUGGGCUCUCCCACAAUGCCUUGCAGGGGUGUUUGCUGCAGAUCCAAGCAGUGCUGACUCACGCCCUCCGAGUGAGCCGCCUCUCUCCCGACGUGUUGCUCUCCAUCACCCGUGGUGUGGAAGAGCGUGUCUGGUUGGUUACCUCUUCUCAGCGAUGUCUUCUGGUCCGCAUCGCCUACCUCCAAGUGGUCUCUCUUUUGACGCCGAGCUGUUCGCAAACUUUUGCACAACACAUUUGGGAGAUUGUGAGCGGGGAGCUGGCCGACCCGAAGCCCGCAAAGAAGCCCGGCUUCUCCGAAGCACAGGUUGGUUUUGCCACGUUCCGCCAACAUGCCGUCCAUUUCCUGUGUCACGAGGCGACGAGACGGGGAUGUCCCGAGAAAGCUGCCGAACUUUGCUCGCUCCUGCAAGGGGGGAGCUCCGAUGUCCAGGUUGCCCUCCUGACCUGGCUGCUCGAGACGGAGGAGAGGGCAGGCAUGCCUUUCUGUGAGGCUCUGUGGCCGGCUCUCCUGGAGAAACUCGGAGAGUUGCUGAAGGGUGAAACGGAUCCUGUGCUUCUAAAAUUAUACAUGGAAGCUUUCGUGCAGGUGUAUGAAAAUCUCUCUGCUCAGAAUUCAUGUUUUCUUCAUAAGCCCUUGGGGGCUCUACAUGCUGAACACAUGGGAAUCCUCCUAUCUAUGGUGGAAAGUGACCGUCUCGGUCCAGAGCUUCUGGGUCACAUGCUGUGUGUUCUUGCUUUGCUCUUGACUCUGAAUCCUGAAGAUUAUUCUGCGUGGGAACAGUGGAGUGUCGUCAUAGAACGGCGCAGCCAGGCCCUCUCGCCAGAGGUGCUCAGGAUGGCUGUGGCAAAAUCGCUUAAAAUAGCGGGCGUCCCUCUGAUCCGGAAGGCCCGGGAAUCCUCCGGUUCAACCCUUCAAGCUGUGGCCCUCUGCCUGUUGGACGCCGGGAUUCGCCUGCUCCAGGAUGAAGACCAGGAAGUGAGGAAGGAAGCGUCCGUCUUUGCCAGCCUCCUGAUGCAACAGCAGCCCUUCUCAAGGGUUCCGCGUCAAAGCACCUCCAUCUUGCUUCAGACCAACAAAGCUCUUCUGAGCAUCCUGACAUUCGUGCGGGAGCAAUUUGGCAAUUGCCCCCAAACCUUUGUGUACCUGGCGCAUCACCUCCCCACAGCAGAAGCCAGAGAUGCCUUAACAGAGCUGGAGACCAAGGGGUGAGGAAUAGAAAUACAGGAGGACCCCCGUAUCUGUGGGCGAUCAGUCCCAAGUCCCCUCAACAGAUGCUGAAAA